AUGAAGGUUUCCGCAGUUAUGACCACUCUGAUGGCCGCCGGCCUGGUUGCUGGUGCUCCUCCCGCUCCAGUGCCUACUGAUCUCUCUUCCAUCCCGCUGCCGCCACCUCCCAGCGGCACUGAGCUGCCCCCUUCCAAGGGAGCAGAUGACGGCCAGAAGCGUGACCAACUUCCUACUGGCACCGAGCUGCCGCCACCACCACCUACCGGCACUGAACUGCCUCCCCCACCGAAGGAUGGCAAGGAUGGCAAGGACAAGCGUGAUGGGCGUCCUACUGGCACUGAGCUGCCCCCACCACCACCCACCGGUACUGAGCUGCCACCUCCAAGCUCGGAUGGUCCUCCCCCUCCCAAGCCUACCGAGGAUGGACACGAGAAGCGUGAUGAGGAGCCCAAGGGCACCGAUGUCCCUCCCCCCUCCUCCUCCUCUUCCCUCGGGCAGUGCUCUCCCUCCCAAACCCACCAACGAUGGGAACGAGAAGCGCGACGAGGAGCCGAAGGGUACUGA